AGGUUAAAUGGCAAAAAGAGUGAGAACAACAAUCUCUGAGGAAAAUAAAGUCCGCCUCCAAAAUUUCUUCAAAGAAGGGAUGACCAGGGUGGGAUCACCGCUGGUAACGGCUGCUGCAGAGGCCACCAGCUUGGCACCAGCUGUGAUAGACAACUGGAUUGGAAAUCACAGAAGAUGUUUGAAAAGAUCUGUCCCUAGAAAGCCAAAGAAAAAAAUAUACACACGGGACCUUUCUGCUUAUAAUCUUUUCUGCAGGGAGCUUCUGCAGAACAAGGGGAACCUGAAAGAUGUUACUCAGAAAUGGUCUUCAUUAGGGGAAGCACAGAGGAAAAAGUACGCCGAAGAGGCAGCGGCUCUAAAAGCUCAAGGGAAAGAAGACUGUCUUAGCCCUGAGAUGAGGACACUUAAAGUUAAAAAGCACCUCAAGCAACUCAAGUUAGAGGUAUCCAGUCUUGAGAUGUUGGGUGUAGAUACGGCAGUGUUGCUGUUCGACCAUCAGAAGCCUAACUUGGAGGUAUGGGAGUUAAGCAGCAAAGGAGCUGCCUCAUUUUUGGCUUCCAAGGACACGCUCAGCAGUUUUGCUUUGCAUUUUAAAGGAAGGUCUUCAUUUGCUUCUCCUACCAAACAUCCAGCUGAUGAUGUCAUUAAGAAAGUGCAGGAGAUCUUCAACAAAAAAUACAAUGAAGCAGGUGGUAGAGGCCGUCUACCUUACCAGUCUCUUCAAAACCAGAGCAUUGUGAUAAAUGCUUCCGGACUGCCUGGUGGUCUGACCCUGAAGAAGCCCUCUCACUACGGAAGGAAACAAUUGGAAGACAUUUUAAAGGCUGCAGAGCAAAUUUCUUUUCAAAUCGUCGGCCUCGACUCAGCUGCUGACACCCCAGUUCACACAUUUUAGCUUCUAUGAGGAGUUCUGCUGGUUUCCAAAAUACAAAUACAGGAUAGAAGAAGAACUGUUAAGGAAGAGGCCUUGAUGAGAAUGUAGUAAGAGUUCUAUAACCAGAUAAUGAAUGAGAGAAAGUAGUAUUACAGACAGAGCAGAGGUUA